GGCGCUGUUUAAUAUUUACAAUUUCCGAGACUUCACUUCCGGGUAGUGUAAUGGCGAGGUUUCAGAUUUGACGAGCCAGCUCCGUCCCACGCAGUUGAUGGGGGCAGACAGUGGGUUGGGAACGGGCCCAGGCCCGGCAGUGCCCUGGAGGAAGGUACUAUGGGAACGGCAGCCCUUCCCUGACAACUACGUAGACCACCGCUUCCUGGAGGAGCUCAGAAGGAAUGAGGGCCUCCGCCAGUACCGCUACUGGGCUGUGGUGCGGGAGGCUGGACUGGUGGCCCAGCAGAUCUCCUGUGUGGCUCUGUUUCUUACUCUCUGGUUGUACAUGGAGCAGGGCCUUCUCUCCCCCUCCACCCUGCUGUGGAGUGGCCUGCUCUGUGCCUUGCUGGGCUACGGAUUCUACCAAGCGCUGGGUCCGCAGGGGGAUUCAGACAGCCAACAACGUACACGUUGGUCCGACCUGCAGAGUGCCUCCAUCUUCCUGUCCUUCACCUUCGGGUUCUCUCCGGUCCUCCGGACAUUAACAGAGUCUGUCAGUACCGACACAGUGUACGCCAUGACGGCCCUGAUGCUGCUAGCCCACCUAGUGUCCUUCCCAUAUGCCCAGCCUUCGCCCCCGGGCAGCCUCUCUCUCAACGCGGCCCUCUUCGCCUCCGUCUGCCUGGCUUCGCGCCUUCCUGGGGACCACCGCGCUUCCAGGGGCCUGAACUCUUCCUCCCCCUCGUCCCUCCACACAUUCACCAUGCUCUGCUGGGCCCUGUUGGUGUUUGCCCUGUGGCCUUGUCUUCGGCAGCGGCUGAGGGAGUGUGCCCCGCAGGGGUUUGGCUGUGUCUGCCUGCUGAUGGGCUUGUCCGGGGUGGGUGGGCUGGGCUCCAUCUGGCCCGGGGGAGCUGUACUCCUGGCUGCAGUCCUGGGGGCCGUAACGCUGCUAUGCCCUCUGCUGUUGAUCAGGCUGCAGAGCGACAAGGAUAACAUCCAUGGACCCUGGGAUGAGGCAGAGAUACGGGAGGACCUGGCGCGCUUUCUACGCUGAAUGGGGAAAAGCGGACGAGGUCUGGGUGACGAAGCCCAGUGCACAUUAAUCAACUGAGGAUGAAUGAAGUCUCUUGUAAAAACUGUACUUGAAAGCUGUUGCUUCGGCUCCAAAGUUGCGUAGAAGUCUCCUGGUCGUGGCAUACUAACCAUGCCCUGCAGUAUCUGAAUAGGUCAGUGAAAAUUGGUGCAGCACUGUUCUGGUUGGUGGAAGAUGCUUAGAUAGGUUUUCCAUACCUGGUCGUGCUCUACCGACUCCUUUUGGCAGGUUUAUGCAUUUGCAGCUAACUUGGGUCUGUAUCCGGAGGAGCACUCUUGUACUCGUUUAUUAUGGCUAACUUCCUGGUUGAGGUUGGUGGAAUGUGAUUCAGAGUAAUUAUAUCUAGAUAUUUGACUCCUGAGCAGGAUAAGAAUUGCAGUGAUGAGUUGCCAUAGUCCUCAACUGGACACCAUACAAAAUAAAGGAUAGCUUUUGCUUGUAUUUUAACAAAACAAGGAUCUCUUCUUGCUGAUCUGAAGCUCAUUACAGGCUUCUGUGUGUAGAGGGUUUGUUGAGAUUCCACCAGUAAGAAAGGAUAUUUUAUAAAUUGUAUCUUUUAACCAAGGGCUCUGGGAGAAAAACAAGUAUUUGUAAUGAAAACUAGGACAUUCAAACUGUAAUCACUUUAAUAUUAGUAAUAUCAGGUGUUUGGGAUAAUAAAUUUCUGUAUUUUGAGUGACAUUAUUUUGAGGUAGAUAUUCUGCCUCAUCUCUGUUGAAGAUGCCGGGUCCCAUUCUGAAAAUAAACUCUUUACUACUUCAAAAACAAAUUGUCUGAGCUGCUAUCUGAUCGAUGCACAUGAUAAGAACCUUAUCUGUACAGUGCAUUCGGAAAGUAUUCAGACCAAUUCACUUUUUCCACAUUUUGUUACAUUACAGCCUUAUUCUACAAUGGAUUCAAUUCAUUUCACUCACCAAUCUACACCCUGUACUCCAUAAUGACCAAGCAAUAACAGGUGUUGAGAGAUUUUUGCAGUAUCACAUUUACAUAAGUAUUCAGACACUUGAAAUUGAUCUCCGGUGUGUUCUGUUUUCAUUGAUGCGUCCUUCAGGAGUGUGUGUGUAUACAAGGUUCCAGAGUUGACAAUAAUAAUAAUACAUUGAACUUAUAUAAUGCUUUUCUGCGCUAUAUAACAACAUCUUAGGAGAGCGAUUGGACAGUACACAGACAAACGUAAAGAAAAUGACAAUUUUUUUGAGAUCAUAAAUAUGUCAUGUAUGGUAUAAAAAUUGACAAGUCGCAGUUCGUGAAAUUCGCCUUGCGCGACAGACCAGACGUCAUGU